AUGGGAAGGUCACCUUGUUGUGAUAAAGUUGGAUUGAAGAAAGGGCCAUGGACUCCUGAAGAAGACCAAAAACUCAUGGCUUUCAUUGAAAAAUAUGGCUGUGGCAGCUGGCGUGCUUUGCCUGCUAAAGCUGGACUAAAGAGGUGUGGAAAGAGCUGCAGAUUAAGAUGGAUAAAUUAUCUAAGACCAGAUAUCAAGAGAGGAAAGUUCAGUUUGGAAGAAGAACAGACCAUCAUUCAACUCCAUGCCCUUCUUGGAAACAGGUGGUCAGCUAUAGCAGCUCACUUGCCGAAUAGGACAGACAAUGAGAUAAAGAACUACUGGAAUACACACUUGAAGAAGAGAUUAACCAAGAUGGGCAUCGAUCCAACUACUCAUAAACCAAAAACCAACAUUUUUGGAAAGGAUGCUGCUAACCUAAGUCACAUGGCUCAAUGGGAAAAUGCUCGUCUUGAAGCUGAAGCUAGACUUGUUCGUGAAUCCAAGAAACAAAUAAUUUCCAACCAAUUUGGUCCUAAUUUGGCUACUAAACCAAUAUCUCAUGGCAACCUACAAAGAAACAUUUUGCCCCUUCAAACAAAAAUACCACCUUGUCUUGACGUACUAAAAGCAUGGCAAGGGACUAAUUGGAUAACAAAGCCAAAAACCAAAGACAUGACUUCAUCAGUUUUUGAUCCUUUCUUCGAUUCUCCAACAUCCACGUCAAACUUAUCGAACAACAACUUAUUCAUGGUACCAAAUAAUAAUAUUCCUGGAUUAGUGGACGUGAAUUCGUGUUUGGUUGGAGAAAGCAUAUUCAUGGAAAACACAAAGGAAGAAGUUCAAACAGAGUGGAAAUGCUUCGACAAACCAAACAACGAAUUACUCAGCCAGAUUAACGAUAUUUCAUAUUCUAAUGAUUCAUCAACUUAUAAUAUGAGCAUACUACACCAAUCUUCAUCAGGUUUGAUUCAAGGGUUUACGCACUUGGAAAAUAUUGUUGGAAGCUGCCAAGACAAUCUUGAGGACGACAACAAUAACAACAAUUAUUGGAAUACUAUACUAAAUUCUUGUACUUUACCUGCUGAUUCACCAGUAUUUUAA